GCGCGCGCGUGCCAUGUAAUUAUUUUUUCUCUCUCUUUUUUUUUACAUAUUAUGGGAAUCAAAGGCUUAAAUCAGCUGAUCUCUGAACAUGCACCUAAUGCAAUCAAACGUUAUGAAUUGAAGAACUUUUUUGGUCGUAAAGUGGCCAUUGACGCAUCGAUGAGCAUCUAUCAAUUUAUGAUUGCCGUUCGUCAACAGGACGGUCAAGUCCUUCAAAAUGAAGAAGGCGAAACGACCAGUCACUUGAUGGGUAUGUUUUAUCGUACGGUUCGUAUAGUCGAGAAUGGAAUUAAACCAGUUUAUGUCUUUGACGGAAAACCACCUACUUUGAAAUCCGGAGAGUUGGCAAAAAGAAAAGCACGCAAGGAAGAAGCUCAACAAAAAAUGGAGGAAGCAGCCGAAGUUGGUACAGCAGCUGAUGUGACAAGAUAUACAAAACGAACAGUCAGAGUGACCGAUCAACAUAAUGCGGAGUGUAAGCGAUUGUUGAAAGCUAUGGGUAUUCCCUAUGUCGAAGCGCCUUGUGAAGCAGAGGCUCAAUGUGCUGAGCUGGCUAGAGGUGGUAAAGUGUAUGCAGCUGCCUCAGAAGAUAUGGAUACUCUCACGUUCAAGGCACCCGUUCUGUUACGCCACUUGACGUUUUCUGAAGCACGCAAGUUGCCGAUUGAUGAAAUCAAUUUGGAAAGGGCAUUGGAAGGUAUGGGAUUAACUUCGGAGCAGUUUAUCGAUCUCUGUAUUCUCUUGGGUUGUGAUUAUACUGAGAGUAUUAAGGGUGUUGGACCAAAAAGCGCUUAUAAUUUGAUUAAAGAACACAAGACGAUUGAUGAAGCAAUCAAGCAUCUUGGUGCAAAGUUGAAAGAAGGUAUACCAAAAGAUUGGAAUUAUGCCGAAGCUCGUGAACUGUUUGUUAAACCUGUGGUGACUCCAGCAUCUGAAGUUGAGCUUUCCUGGGGUACGCCUGAUGUGGAUGCUGUUGUUGAUUUCUUGGUGAGAGAGAAAGGAUUUUCUGAGGAUCGUAUAAGAAAGGGCUGUGAAAGAUUAGCAAAGAAUUUAAAACAGGCAACACAGACAAGAGUACAGGAUUUCUUUAAAGUGGUGCCAAAUGGAGAUAAGAACACAAAGAAACGCCCUGCAGAAGAGACAGCAAAGAAAGGUGCGGCUUCCAAGAGAGGAAAAAAGAAAUAACGAUGUUUCUUUUAAUUUUUUUUUUUUUUUACUAUUGAAUGCGUAUUGGUUAUGCCUUCAUU